AUGAAUCUUACUUGUGAGCUUGGCAAGUCUAGAAAGAUGAUGCGCUGGGGUCACUAUGGAUACUAUAUUACACGCAAAGAGUCGCAAGAAUUUGAACCGCGUUUGUCUUACAAAUGUAUCAAAAAGGUAUUUGAUGAGAUGUGGCAGUCCUACAACUUGAUUAAUGGUAAUUGUGCAAUUUGGGCAAGCGAUUUCUAUGGAAGAAUUUGUUGUGAUGAAUCUGAUGAUGAGUGGAAAGCUACUAGAUAUUGUGUAAGAAAACUUAACCCUUUUUCCUUGUAUAUUCCAACAGUACAGUACUAAUUUAGAAAAUUUCAGACGAUAAGGUAGC